AUGCGCCCCUCAAGACUUCUGCUCCUCCUGCUGGUUCUCUCCACCGUUAAGACCAGCUCGUCCUUCAACGCCGAGUCCAUCUUCAGCUGUCUCAACUCCGCUCUCUCCCAGGCCAAGGAGGACCUCCUGGGUGAGAACUCGGUCCUGGAGAAGAGGGCCUUCCUCAUCCCUCUGGAAGGGGAAGACUCCGACUCCUUCGAGGCCGUCCGGGCAGAGAAGGAGAAAAGGACUUUCCCGGCCGUCACGCGCUACGUCUCCCUCGGCCAGGCGAAAGGGAAGGUGUCCCACAACCAAGGCAAGAACGACCGGCGGGCUAAAUUUACUCUUUCCUUGGACGUCCCAACCAACCUCAUGAACAUCCUCUUCAACAUCGCGAAAGCAAAAAGCCUGAGGGCGAAGGCGGCCAGCAAUGCUCAGCUGAUGGCCCAAAUCGGCCGGAGGAAGUGA